AUGAGAAUUGUCACUGGGACGGUUAAAUCUACCCCCAUAGCUUGGCUGCCUGUACUCAGUAACUUAAGUUCACCUCAUCUACAUCGUUACAACUCACUAAUACGAGAAUGGACUAAAUGCUUCUCAAAUACUUUACUCCCUAUAUAUAACGAUAUAAACACUGGUCCUAACGUAAGACUAAAAUCCAGAAAACCUACCUGGAGGCUUGCCCAAAAAUUAAUAUCAGUAAAAUUUAAUAUAUACACGGAAUGGAAUAAUGAGUGGAAAAUCAGCAAUCCUGACAAAAUNGGCACUGACCUCCCGAGAAGGGAAUGGGUAGCAUUAAAUAGAUUCCGAACGGGUCAUGGAAAAACAGGACACAUGCUCCAUAAAUGGGGACUCAGGCCUACACCAGGAUGUGACUGCGGCUAUGAAAAGCAAACUGCUAUACACAUUACUGAUGACUGUAAUACUCGACAACUACAAGGAGGAAUGAAAGAGCUACACAGAGCCACAAUAGGCGCAGUGCAAUGGUUGAACUCCUUGGACACACAAAUCCAAUAG